AUGUCACUACUGGGCUCGUUGUUCUUAUGGUUCCCCGGUGCAGGUAUUACCUUGUUUGCACUGUUUUAUACUCUUGGGAAUAUCUUUUCACUUGGGAGUACCAUUUUCCUUAUGGGGCCAGUAAAUCAGGUAAAGCGUAUGUUUCAGGAGACUAGGGCAUUUGCAGCGACAUUCAUGCUGGUUUGUCUGGUUCUCACAAUCAUUUUUGCACUCCUGGGAUUCCGGCUACUGUGCUUGCUUUUCUGCAUUUUACAGUCGUUGGCAUUGACGUGGUAUUCUCUAUCUUAUAUACCUUACGCAAGGGAUGCUGUAAAACGGCUGUGUUCUUCGUGUAUUGGAUGA